AUGGACCGCUCGCGAUCCCCCGCAGCGGCUGCUGAUCGAUCGCGACCCCGUGAGAGACGGGCUAGGGGCGGUGACCCUUUUCGCCCUUCUCAGAGAAGGCGUGAGCGUGUUGGACUUCAGGUGGAGCAUCGGACCAGAGGUUCUUCGCCCCCGCCAGAGUCGAAAUACUACGCUCGUUCAAGGCCAGUUGAACCGUCGGGUCCACCUCCAGAUCGUCGGCAACCGCGUGAGCCGGCGAACCCGCCUUCUGUUGAGACAUCCUCUAGCCCAAGACGACCUCCAAGAUUGCCACACGGGCCACCACCUGGAGUCACAGAAACUGUGUCUCACAGAAGUCUCCCAAGGCGUGUUGUCGUUGAGGAGCGUGAGGAGGCCGAGCGCGAGGAGUCGGAGGAGUUUGAGGAAGGAGCAGGAUCAGCCCCAUCGUCGGGCCCUCCAGUUGCGGACCCGCCGACGCGGGGCGGCUACUGGAAGAAAGCGUGGGUGUGGAUUCCGGAUCCUGACCCAAGAGAUCUUGCCGGACCCGAGCAUUGGAGGCCCGUUGACUCUCCUCCUGAAGUUGAAUCGUGUGUUUCUCCAUCGGUUGAGCGUGUUGAUUGUGAGACGGAGGAGAGAGAGGAGCACUCGCGUGCUACAGGUCGUGGUGAAGCGUCGGAGUUUGUCGAGGUAAAGGUCGAGGAGGUAGCCGAUUACGACGAGCAGGUCGAGGAAGAGCAGGCCGUUCCACCGACAGAGCCAGCCGAGACUGAGGCUGCGCACACACCAGAACCCACUGAGGAAUCGACCCCGGAAUCUCGCAGACAGGCUCGAAGAGUGCUGCGCGAAGGGGCGAGACAUUUGAGGGAACAGGCCAAAGAGCUGAGGAGCUCUAGAUCAAAGCCAUCUUCGACGACAUCACCGCAGGAGGCUUCGCUGUCGCCUCAGACAGAAGCUAGAACUCAGGCAGUUGCAAAAUCGAAGGGGCGAAAGGAAGCGGAAGAGGCAGCAGAGGCGGAUCGAAAGAGGCAUAAGCUUGAGGCGCUGCCCCGCCCGCCGUUGCCGCCUGUCAGACCUCGUACUCCGCCUGUUGAACCCAGAUCUGCAUCAGCUCCACGGCCAUCAGAGGCCCCGCUUGCACUUGAGGAUCAGGCCAAAGAGGGGCCGCAGCUUACACAACAGGUCCGACCGGUGAGGCUGCAACCGCGACCUAAGGGGUCGCCUGAGGUGCGUGUGCCAACACCCCCAAGACCUCCUUCACCGUUGCCAUCUUCAUCAGCAUCCCACAGGGAACCUCAUCGGGAGGGUGAUCGUCCGGCGACCGAGCGUGAGGGAGAGCUGCCACAGCCUCUUGACCCUACGUACGGGAGUGUUCCUGUGAUAGCACUAGAUUAUCACAAGACAUUGAGAUUCCCAGGUCAACCGUUGUCGCAUAGCAGCAUUGCGUGCCUCCGAGAAGCUCGAUCCCUCGGGUUCCAGUUGAUCGUUGUGUCGUUUGCAUCAAAUCUCAAGACCCAAAGGGAUACAUUGGCAGAUCUCACCCGGAUCGAACAGGAGGCCGACAUUGUUUUUGCGGACAAGAUCAUAACACGCCAGAAGCUGCUGGCGGAUGAGUACCACGGAAGGUCGGUGACAGGGCACUUUCACCCGAAGGCGAAACUUGUAGCAUUGACUGGAGCGAUCAUUUACGUUGACGACCAGCCUCAGAUUUUGAGAGAGGUGUUGCAAGUUCAGUCGCGUCGUCCGAGAGCUCAUCGAACCAGGACCAUCCGUGCCGGCAGUACUCCGCAGAACGCAUUGGCAGAGUUGUACGAUCUCAUUCAAGAGUUUGGCAAAGAUAUGAGAUCGGUGCCGGUGCCGGUGGACCUGCGCCUCGCAGAUGACAAGGCCGGCGACCGUGACUCCAAAGGUGGUAAGUCAGGCAAGGGCAAGGACAAGGGCAAGGAUGGCAAGGGCAAGGGUGACAAAGGUCAUUUGGACCAGAGGUUUGAAGCGGAGAAGGAAUUACUUUAUUGGCAGCACAGACUUAAGAGUUCCAGGCUUGAUACGCUGCUGAGUGGUGUGAGCCUCGCCAUCUUCUGGGCUUAUCUGGAGCUUCAGCGCUUGAACUUCCCUUCUCCCGAGGACUUGGAUUUCCAGUCCAUUCUCCACCUGGUUGGCGCCUUCCUAUUGGCCAUCGCUUCCUCUUUAAGCUUUUUGGAAGUAAAUCUGGAGUUUCUGUGGCUUCCGCUCGCCUGCGUCUAUUGUGCCUUUCUGGCGCAGCUCCGGAGCGACGUCCGCGAACGCCUGGUGUGCGUGGCCUUCGCCGCGGCGGUGUCCUUGACCCUGCCCUUGCGGGCGGCCACCGCAUGGUUGGUUCAUCUCUCUGCGCUUCUGGGUUUUGCAUUUUCCAUCUCGGAGCUGGAUGCAGGCAUGUUCGCCCUCACUGGGGCCUUGCUCCUGCUGCUGGUGUGCAACUUUUACCACUCCCUAUGGCGAGCCGAAGCUCGCAGCCGAUCCGUCUUCUUGGCAGGGGAGCUGGUGCACCAGAUGUGCGAAGUGCCUGACCAAGACGAGAUGCGGGGACAUUAUUUCGAGAGUGGGAAGCCGGAACAUGCGGUUCUCAGCUUGGACACAGAUCUGAUGAUUGGCAGUUGCGGAGAAUUGGAAAGGUCCUUUUUCCAGUCGGAUCUCUUUGGACGCAAUUUGAAGGAGUUGGUCUCCAUGGAGGACCAGCACAUGAUUGGCUUACUGGCGCGGAGCGAAAACCCUCAGAGGACGAUCCUGGUGAAGCUCAUGGAGCUAGGUGGAUCUGAAUCGGUGAAGCUUCGGCUGCUGCCUACUGGGCUUCAAAGCCCCAAGUGGUUGGCCUUCUUCGCCCGAGGUGAUGCCAAGACCUAUGUGGCGCCCAGCAGCGCGCGCGACAUUAGUUCGUCGAUCUCCAACUCUCGUGCCUCCGCCAAUUCGAUCCGGCCGGCCAGUCCCCGGGCCAUGCUGCCCUCCGUGCCGGACGACGCAGGCAAUCACAACGUCACGAUCAAGCUGGAAACGCCGGCUGGCCCGCCAGCAAAGCCAGUUGAGCUCACACCUCCCGCUCCUGGCCCGCCGAUGCAGAAGCGCCUCAGUGGUUCCUCCGUGCGGUCGAAUCACUCCAUUCUGUCCGAAGGACGUCAGUUGGGUGAACGCGACAAGCGACGUCGGAGACCUUCGAUGGAUGGGAUAGGCAGUUCCCCAGGCCUUCGGUGGCCAAAGCAGGGGUCCAACCUCAGCCUCGGUGCCGAGGUCGAAAGCCCUCGGAUGCGCUCAGAGGCCGAUCUCCUUCCGCAGCAAAGCAGUUCCGGCCGCCAGCUGAGACCCGUCGGGGAGUUCAACGACAGCGUCCUGAGCCUGUCGGCGGCCAGCUGGUCAAUCGAACCGGACUAUCUGAGGCAGGUGACUCCUGCAAAGUGCUUAAGCGAUGCUCAAGUCCAGACCGAGAUAUCUUGGAACAAGAUCGGAUGGCACUGCAAGUGCACGCGGCCCCCAAGGCCACCAUCGCCUCGACAGGAGCGUGAGGUGCAGCUUGAACGAGCUCUGCACAGGCUUCAAGGCUGUUGGUUGCUGACCAACGGGCAUGUGAAGACCGUAGGAUGGCUGCAGGGCUUUGUCAUCCGUGGGAUGGAAGUCUCCACCACUUCGGGGAUCAUCAACCUCACCAUUGAUGAUGACAAUCAGCUGAUGUUGGCUGGGGGUCACGUGAGUGUGGACCAGGAUGACGUGUUGCACCGCACGGGAAAGUCCGGUGGGAGCUAUACCUAUGUCAAGGUCACAGAGCAGCGGCUGUCGGUGAUGACCUUGGCAAAUCAACAGGGUCAGCAGAGGCCGCGGCUCGGGUCCUUUGAUUCUCUGUCCUCGGUGCUUCCCUAA